AACAUGCAAAUUUUUCCAGAAAAGAAAAGAAAAGGAUAAGAAAUUGACAUUUGGCUCCAGUAACUUGAAUCAUUGAUUUCACCCAUUUGCGGAUACCCCUCCCGCGAUUCAUCCGUUGAUUUCUUUCUUCAUCAACCCCCCUGCAAUUGAUAAUCUCUUCGUUGUCACUGUGAGCUUCUGCAGAAUCCAUGGCGUUUUCGUCCUGGUUUUCUCGUUUACGCUCGUCCUCGAAACCCGUGUACAACAACCUCCGAUUUUCGUUCUUCAAUACACAUAGAACUCGAAGCUCAGAACUUGCAAAGGUACUGACUUCAGAAACGAAACAUACCCCAAUCGAAUCAUGGGCGUGUUCUUUGCUUCCAGUGGCCUUGGCCUUCUCUGCUGGGUCACUCGCUCUCUAUACCCAGAAAAACCCAUCUUUCUGCGAUGCCUCUGAUCUUGAUCAUCGAGGUGUGAGCUUUGGGGGAAAAGGAAGCACAGAAUAUUUGGUGAAGGGAUCCCACAAAGAUGUACCUCAAGAGCUUCUUGAUGAAUUGGAGGACAUUUGUCGGGAUAAUAUGACAAUGGAUUUUGACGAGAGGUAUUUUCAUGGGAAACCACAAAACAGCUUCCACAAAGCAGUGAAUAUCCCUGAUGUGGUUGUUUUUCCGAGGUCAGCAGAGGAGGUGUCCAAAAUAGUUAAAUCUUGUAACAAGCAUAAGGUCCCUAUCGUACCAUAUGGUGGAGCUACAUCAAUUGAGGGUCACACCUUAUCACCUCAUGGAGGUGUUUGCAUUGACAUGACUUUGAUGAAAAGUGUCAAAUCAUUACAUGUUAAAGACAUGGAUGUGGUUGUUGAGCCUGGGAUUGGCUGGAUGGAGCUUAAUGAAUACUUGGAGCCUUACGGUCUAUUUUUUCCACUUGAUCCUGGACCUGGAGCAACCAUUGGAGGUAUGUGUGCUACGCGCUGUUCUGGUUCUUUAGCUGUAAGGUAUGGAACUAUGCGUGAUAAUGUCAUCAAUCUCAAGGUUGUUUUACCCAAUGGAGAUAUUGUCAAAACUGGAUCACGUGCUAGAAAAAGUGCUGCCGGGUAUGAUCUGGCGCGACUCAUAAUUGGAAGUGAAGGAACUUUGGGUGUGAUAACUGAAGUUACUUUGCGCCUUCAGAAAAUUCCACAGUACUCAGUGGUUGCAAUGUGCAAUUUUCCGACAAUUAAGGAUGCAGCAGAUGUUGCUAUAGCUACCAUGUUAUCUGGUAUACAGGUUUCAAGAGUGGAACUACUAGAUGAGGUUCAAGUGAAAGCUGUCAACAUUGCUAAUGGGAAAAACUUGCCUGAAGUUCCAACUUUGAUGUUUGAAUUUGUAGGCACAGAAGCAUAUUCACAUGAGCAAACACAAAUUGUUCAGAAGAUUGCAUCCGAGCAUAAUGGAUCAGAUUUUGUUUUUGCAGAAGAUCCUGAGGCCAAAAAUGAACUUUGGAAGAUAAGGAAAGAGGCACUUUGGGCUUGCUUUGCUAUGCAACCAAAUUUUGAAGCAAUGAUAUCGGAUGUUUGUGUUCCUCUGUCGCAUCUAGCAGAAUUAAUAUCAAGAUCAAAAGAGGAGCUAGAUGCAUCACCAUUGGUGUGCACAGUUAUUGCUCAUGCUGGUGAUGGAAACUUCCACACUGUGAUUCUAUUUGAUCCAAGUCAAGAGGAACAACGGCGAGAAGCUGAGAGAUUAAACCAUUUCAUGGUGCAUACUGCUUUAUCUAUGGAAGGAACAUGCACGGGAGAACACGGCGUUGGUACAGGAAAAAUGAAGUACCUUGAGAAAGAACUUGGAAUUGAAGCUCUCAGGACAAUGAAAAGUAUUAAAGAAGCUUUGGAUCCAAAUAAUAUCAUGAAUCCAGGAAAGAUCAUUCCACCUCAUGUUUGUUUUUAACUUCUCUUUCUCUAUUUCCAUGUCAAUGCCGAUGUCAACCUGCCAUAGCUUCUGGAUCUGCAGCAACGAUAAAUUAUCCAUGAAUCUCAUAAAAACUUGGUUUCUUUCUUUUGUUCUUCUUCUUUUUGAGUUGGGGAUAACACAAUCUCUGUGUACUUUCUUCUAGAACUGGGAAAUGUUUUCUUUUCCUAUUUAAGUUUUGAUGCUUUCUCUUUAAUCAAAGUGCUCAACUUACAAAAUAAGUUAGAUGAUGAAAAUGUAUGUCAUGGUUGAUGCAGUGUGAAUUCUUUUUUA